AUGGAACCAAAAGUGCCAGAUUUGUAUGAAUUUUUGACUGAAGCCGAAUUACAACAAUACUACAAUUCGUUGAAAAAUGAAUUAAAAAUAACAAACGUUACGCAUUUGAAAUAUACGACCGAUGAAGAUUUGCGUCAAGUGAGCGGGCUAUCGCGUCCGGAAAUUAGGCGCCUACGAAAGUAUUACGAAAAGUAUUACCCUCACGGAUACCUGAAUAAGAUCCGACGAUUGCUGCAAACGCCACGCAGGGAUGAUAGCAACUUCCUCAGUUGUGUUCCAGCGCCAUCCUACGGUGGAGCCGAAGCAAUGACAUCAAACUCUUCACCGAACAAAAUACCCAACAACAAACAUAUCAUCCCGCCCGACGCUAUCUGUGUAAACAAGCAGCUCGGGACGGGUGAGUUUGGCAUAGUGCAGCAGGGUGUGUGGACGAAUGGCUCGGAACGCAUACAGGUAGCCAUUAAGUGUCUUUGCCGCGAGCGGAUGCAAUCGAACCCGAUGGAGUUUUUGAAGGAAGCCGCUAUGAUGCACUCCAUUGAGCACGAGAACAUCGUGCGACUGUACGGUGUGGUGCUCGAUACGGAAUCCCUGAUGCUAGUGACUGAGCUGGCGCAUCUUCGAUCGCUUUUAGAGUGCCUGAAAGAUCCGGGUCUGCGAGUGAGCUUUCUGACCGUGCCAACGUUGUGUGAAUUUUCUUUGCAAAUUUGUACCGGCAUGAUGUAUCUGGAGAGCAAACGCUUCAUCCACCGGGAUCUCGCCGCUAGGAACAUUCUCGUGUUCAACAAGAAUAAGGUGAAAAUAUCCGACUUUGGCCUUUCCCGGGCGCUUGGUGUCGGGAAGGACUAUUAUCAGACGAAUUUCAACGUGAAUCUCAAGCUUCCAAUCGCGUGGUGUGCCCCGGAAUGCAUCAACUUUCUCCGGUUUACGCAUGCAUCCGAUGUUUGGGCGUACGGGGUUUGCUUGUGGGAAAUUUUCUCCUACGGAUUUCAACCUUGGGCUGCGCUUACCGGUCAUCAAAUACUGGAAGCGAUCGACGAACCGCAUUAUCAGCGGCUAGAAAAGCCAGAAUGUUGCCCGAAAGAGUACUACUCGAUGAUGCUGAAAUGUUGGCAGCAUGAUGCCACAAAACGGCCCAAAUUUAACGAUAUUUUCCAAGCGCUCCCGGAUAUCAAACCGGAACAGCUGAAGACUAUCGUAGCGAACAGUGAACAAAAGAAGGACUAUCUAAUGUAUCGGCAAGGAGAAAUAAUAACCGUGCUGGAUAAGAACAACAAUUCGCCGUACUGGAAAGGGGUGCUGAAUUCAGGCAAAACAGGACUAUUCAAUCCGGCCAACACCGUUGCCUACCUGGACAGCUUACCAUCGUCGGUGAACCGAGAGAGUCUAUGCAGGACGGCUGAAAGAUCCAGCAAGCGCAAAAUUCGCACCGAUAUGAUCUCCCGUCCGCAGAACGAUUUAAAGCACACUGGACACGUUGGUAUCGAUGGUGUCUCGUUCGGUGAUGUUGCCUUCUUGUCUAGUCCUCAAAAUCUUCCUCGUCAAAUAGUGACACCUUAUAAACCUUCGGAAGAUCUGGAACAAACUCCAUUGCUUCUGCCCCCUACGCCUACCAGUCCGGACUCGAUCCAAACUGCAAGCGGUUAUUUCUCCGAAACUCUUCAGCUCUCUGGCCAUACAUCAUUUAUUAAUGCCGGUGAAAAUCAUCAUCCGCAUGUUAUUGAUCAUACCUCUGUUGCUGGUUUAGCAGAUGCACCUGUACCAGCAGCUCUGAGUGCGUUCGACUUCCGUAACAAUGGCUUCAACGAUUCGAAUCCUUUUAUUAACGCGGACGACAAUGGUGACACUACCGCAUCGGUAGCCACCACCUAUAACAAAGAUGAGCAUAAUCAACACGAAUAUCAUGAAAUAUCCGAUGACGAUAUGGUAACAGAAAAGGUUUUAGAUCAAGGCCCGUCUUUGAUGGACGAAAUGGAGCAUGUUUUUAAAUCUAUGAGCACUAUCUCCGAGCAGCAGCCCGCCACACCAUUUAGUCUGUCCUCAUCGCAGGAUACCAGCGAGAACAGCAACAUGCGAAACGAGUUGACGGAGUUGUCGGAAAAGUUGGGCCGAAAAAACAGCUGCUCUGCUUCGGGUUCGGCAACACUCGGCAAGAGUGGAGGAAAAUCAAAAUCAAAGCACAAAACUAGCACGGUAAAGCCCAUAUCGGUGAAGGAUGAAAAACUGCUUAAUCAAGCCAUCGAAAUGGCAAAUGAAAUAAGUGCCAAAUCCAUGACUGACCUGGUAACGGAUGUGAGCCAGCAAACGAUGAGUCCGAAGAGAAAGUUCAGCUUUCGCUUUCCUCACAUCCACAAUGUCGUUGCCGCUGGGAGUGAUGGUUUACGAUGCACCUCGAAUGGCAAUAUCACUGGUAAUCAAUCGCACGUGGCCGGAAUGUCGAGUGUGGGAAGCUCAUCGCAUGCAGCAGGUGGCCGUGGUUUGAUGCCGGAUAAGGAUCACAGCACGUUGGCUUACGCUGGCCAGCAUCAUCCUCACAGCUCUAAUGCGGCAGCCCUGGCUAACUCAUAUCGAGAAAAACGAAAUUUUUCUCAAGAAGUGAACAACGUUCCAGAUUUACAGCGCUAUUGUUCACUGACCGAAAUCGAAAGCUACCAGAACCGGGACAUCAAAAUUUCUCCUUUUGAUAAGGAAUCAUCCGAUUUUUGCUUUAAAAAGUCGCGCGAACUGCUUAGUAAACAGCCACCGUUUCGUGUGGCGAACGACAUGGCGUCAGUUUCCUUGGCGUCCAAGAUCAACUACUCAAAAACGCUGGACAAAAAGACGCGAGAACUGAUCGGGGAAAAUUUGCUUGACAUCGAAAAAACGCUCAACGCGCUGAAUCUGGAUUUUUUGCAAACGUACCACGAGCUGGAAAAGGCCGAUUCAGCGGAAACUCUGUUCGCGGAGUGUUACUCGACUUCGAUGAUUUGUUCCUCAUCCUCGUCCCCGUACCAGAAGAGCCCACCCUCAGGUUCACUGAUGCGUCGCACAGCCUCAAUCCAAUCGCAGUCAACCAAUGCACGCAUAAACAGCGCGCUUAGCGAAAAAGUCCUGUCAGGAUCUUCGUCUAUACUCGGCGGUAAGGGUUCACCACCCAAAAUGGACGGAGGAGCAGGUGGGUUUGGAAUGGGCGCGGGUCUUGGUGGUGGUGCCACCAACACGGGUUCCGGUAUUAAUCGCUGUCAUACACAGCUAAAUGGUGGAACUGUGUCCUUAAAAUCGGGUGCUUCCUCGACGACGGCAGCGGUCACACCACAGUCAGAUCACGGCAAUAAAUACUCGAUUCGUGACUUCAAAAUGCGUUCGCUUGAAGCACGCUCAAAGGAACGAUCGGAUUAUUACAACUUCAAAAACGAGUACCUCUCCGAGUUGACGCGAAAGCAGCAGAGCCAAGUGCUGGAUACGGCCACCAUUUUGCAGCAAACUAAUGGUGCCGUUCCGGCAGGUGACAAGCAGCAGCAGCACAGCAAAAUUAGCCAGUUGUAUCAAAUCUACAACACACCAUCCAUGCAAGCACGCCUGUAUGAUGAUUGUCCUUAUCAUAUACCCUCGUCCUGCUCCUCGGUAACAGCUGCCGGCACAUCAACGGCAGCCGCAGCCGUGGCCGCCGCCCGCCAGCGAUCGUUAUCCUUCACGGAAAACUACGAACUUCGAAAGCCGUUUAAAAGCGGGGCUGGUCCCCACAGUGAUUCCCAGCAACAACCGGGCGGUAAAAUGAUCUCUUCGCGGAACGUGAUCACAUGCAAACCGAGAAGUAUUCGGGCCCGGAACUUGCGCCGACUGAGCUACAAUCCGAUCAACAUGAUACACACCUCGUCGUCGUCUAGCAGCAGCGAUAGCGAUCAGGAUCGUCGCCGGAAUCUGCUGGCCCACUCGGAAUGUGAUAUUCGGACGCGGUUGCACACAACCACGGCCUCGGCCGCCAAUCGCCGCCGUAGGCACCAGCAGUAUAUGAGCCGCAAAUCGAACAGCAACAGCGCUAGCAGCCAGGAUAAGCUGUACGGGUCGAAUGCGAGCAUCAAGAGUGCGCCACAGUACAAUCACAGUGAUCGACACCAGUAUUACAACAGCUAUCAGCAUCACGGCGGCACCUACCAUCAUCGUCAAAACGCUUACGACGAUGAUGCUGACGAUCUGCGGCAACAGAGCCGUAAUAGAGAACCGAAAGGGGGCGCUAACGUGUACGAUUUUGGUGUCAGCAAACGUCAACUAUUGCCAAACGUUGACUCUCCGGUCUCGACGACCGUGGUAAACACUAGCACCAGCUGUUCGUUGGCAGGUUCAUCGUCUAAGGGGGUUGUUGUAGCAAACUCACCCCCAGGAGCCGUUGGGGCUUCCUCGCUAGUGAAUGGAAUGAAUUUCUCCGCAACAGAUCCUCCUGCAUCGGCCACGUGCACCAACAAGGCACUGGAACGGGACUAUCUGUACUCCGAGUUUGACGUGUCGAAGCUUACCGGCAAAAGCCCGACCACGCAAAGUUAUUUUUCCACCACAAGCGCACCUGGUGCUGUCGUCGCGCCAGGACAACAACCGGCCACCGUUAUCCUGCCGUCAGCAACGGCCAAGACGGCUGCGUCGGCUACACCACUGGCGGGAGCAACAAUUGCGGCAACCAACUUGCAAGCUCAACCGCAGCCCGGGUUUCAGUGGCCAGAAAAAAUUCACGGCGCAUUGGUUAAACACAACGAUAUGCUCUGGCAACGGCAGCAAACUGCCGGCGUCAGGAUGUACGGCACGGGAGGGGUGUCAGGAGCGGGCAAAAACGAGAGGACCUUCUCGAGUGAUACGUCGUCUACGGAAACGGAUUCGAUUGGAGAUUUUCGCAACGGAGUUGCGCCCGUUAAUUGUCUGCCGUCGGUCAGACCACCCAGUCCUGCACCGUGA